GCUGAAAAGCCAGAAAGAAGUUUUGAGCCAAGGAGGGGAAGAAAGGAGUUGGGGCAAAACAGGAGGCGUUUCCCUACCCGCAUACAUCCCCGUCCCCGAGACACCCAAUCCCCCCACCCCCCAGCCUGCCAGCGCCUCCCGCCCCCGGCUCCUCGCCCUGGGGACAGCUGGCAGCCCCGCGCGGACCAGACACAAAGCCGAUCAAUCCCGGAGGCGUGGGGGCGGAGGGACGACCCGCCGGGGCUUUCCCGGGCGCUGCUCUAGGACCCGGCGGACGCCUCGCCUGGUUUUCACGCCCUCUAGCCCCCACCCCCACACCCCCAAAAAAGAACAGACCCCCAUCCCUGGGCUGGAGGACCCGCCUCUUGGCAGCCAGCUGAGAAGGCGCCCCGGGGAGGGGGAAACUGACAUCCCAUCUAGAGCCGUCCCUCCUCUUCCUCCCCUCCCGACUCUCUGCUCCUCUCCCGCCCCAGAAGUUCAAGGGCCCCCGGCCUCCUGCGCUCCUGCCGCCGGGACCCUCGACCUCCUCAGAGCAGCCGGCUGCCGCCCCGGGAAGAUGGCGAGGAGGAGCCGCCACCGCCUCCUCCUGCUGCUGCUGCGCUACCUGGUGGUCGCCCUGGGCUAUCAUAAGGCCUAUGGGUUUUCUGCCCCAAAAGACCAACAAGUAGUCACAGCAGUAGAGUACCAAGAGGCUAUUUUAGCCUGCAAAACCCCAAAGAAGACUGUUUCCUCCAGAUUAGAGUGGAAGAAACUGGGUCGGAGUGUCUCCUUUGUCUACUAUCAACAGACUCUUCAAGGUGAUUUUAAAAAUCGAGCUGAGAUGAUAGAUUUCAAUAUCCGGAUCAAAAAUGUGACAAGAAGUGAUGCGGGGAAAUAUCGUUGUGAAGUUAGUGCCCCAUCUGAGCAAGGCCAAAACCUGGAAGAGGAUACAGUCACUCUGGAAGUAUUAGUGGCUCCAGCAGUUCCAUCAUGUGAAGUACCCUCUUCUGCUCUGAGUGGAACUGUGGUAGAGCUACGAUGUCAAGACAAAGAAGGGAAUCCAGCUCCUGAAUACACAUGGUUUAAGGAUGGCAUCCGUUUGCUAGAAAAUCCCAGACUUGGCUCCCAAAGCACCAACAGCUCAUACACAAUGAAUACAAAAACUGGAACUCUGCAAUUUAAUACUGUUUCCAAACUGGACACUGGAGAAUAUUCCUGUGAAGCCCGCAAUUCUGUUGGAUAUCGCAGGUGUCCUGGGAAACGAAUGCAAGUAGAUGAUCUCAACAUAAGUGGCAUCAUAGCAGCCGUAGUAGUUGUGGCUUUAGUGAUUUCCGUUUGUGGCCUUGGUGUGUGCUAUGCUCAGAGGAAAGGCUACUUUUCAAAAGAAACCUCCUUCCAGAAGAGUAAUUCUUCAUCUAAAGCCACGACAAUGAGUGAAAAUGAUUUCAAGCACACAAAAUCCUUUAUAAUUUAAAGACUCCACUUUUGAGAUACACCAAAGCCACUGUUGUUACACAAGUUAUUAAACUAUUAUAAAACUCUGCUUUGUCUGACAUUUGCAAAGAGGUACACGAGGAAAUGGAAUUGGUAUUUCAUUUUAAUUUUAAUGACUACUAACUCACCUGAACUUGUUAUUUUAAACAAAUAGUUCUGUCCACACCUAAAAUACAAUCUGGCUUCUUGUGUCUGGACUAAGUUAAAAGAAUCAAAAUACUUUGUAAUGUUCUGGGCUUUGGGAAAUGUUAACCACCUCCUAACUUCUAGAGAACGUUACUAAAAUGUAACAUACUGAUUGUGAAGUUAAUCUACAGGUCAUGAAAAUAUAAAUCAGACUCUGCGCAAGAGUCUGAUGUAGGGGGUCCACCAAAUACUCUGACAGAUGCAAAAGGAACCUCUGGUCUCAUUUCUGCCAGAAUCCUCUUUUCUCCCCUAAUAUCAUCGUUAUUCUGAUGCUCGUUCAUCACUAACACAUCCAUAGAAAGGAGGAAGCAGGAUGGGUCUUAUGCCCAAGGAUUUGCACUUUGUGUUUACUUCCAUUCCUGGGAACUAAAAGCAACAUCAAAAGAAAUGCCUAAUGGUUGGAGCUCACAGGUGUGCACCACAGGAUUUGCCUGGUAUGUGUCACUGAUUUCUUCAUUAAACGUAAUUUUGAUGGUCAAACACAAACCCAAGUGGCUUAUUUCACCCCUACUGCUGCUUGCCACUGCUUCCUUCUUGUAAGAUUUCUUUGAAGAGGAUCAGUGACCUUGGCAUCGGAACUCACCACUGGAGCCUACACAAGUUUGCAGAUACCUUUCCCUGCAGGAGUGGUGACUUCACAUCAUCUUUCUGUCUCUAAAAAUUGUGCAGUGACAUUCCGGGCCAAGUCCCUUGGUCAGGGGUUGACAAUUCUGCUUUUGGACAAGGAGGGAUGUGGAGGGAAGAAGUAAUAGUCUACCAGGAAAAUGAGAUGAAAAAGCUCAGUAUGACUCCCUGCAUCUGGUACCCCUCUUGAUACCUAGUGGGCACAUGAGCAAUGGCUCAAAUGAAAAGUGGAUCUAGGCCGGGCGCGGUGGCUCACGCUUGUAAUCCCAGCACUUUGGGAGGCCGAGGCGGGCGGAUCAUGAGGUCAGGAGAUCGAGACCAUGGUGAAACCCCGUCUCUACUAAAAAAAUAGAAAAAAUUAGCCAGGCGUGGUGGCGGGCGCCUGUAGUCCCAGCUACUCGGAGAGGCUGAGUCAGGAGAAUGGCGUGAACCCGGGAGGGGGAGCUUGCAGUGAGCCGAGAUUGCGCCACUGCACUCCAGCCUGGGCGACAGAGCGAGACUCCGUCUCAAAAAAAAAAAAAAAGAAAAGUGGAUCUAAUGUGGGUUUCUCAACUGAUGAACCACAAAAGCCUCCAGCUACUAUUACAAUGUGAAAAUUCCAAUGAUCCAUUUACCAGAGCAAUUAGACUAUGUUAAAAAUGCAUAUCAUUUGUAACUUCUUUUAAUUACUGAAUUGAUAUUAAAAACAAAAUAUGGCUAGGGCAUGUCCUGUUCUGGGCAAAUCUGGAUGAAAAGGUCACUUGCUACCUUUGACAACUAUGAACAUGGUUAAUCUUUCUUUCUCUUUUUUCUUUUUUUUGAGACGGAGUCUCACUGUGUUGCCCAGGCUGGAGUACAGUGGCACAAUCUUGGCUCACUGCAAGCUCCGAAACCCCUCCGCCUCCCAGAUUCGAGCAAUUCUCCUGCCUCAGCCUCCCAAGUAGCUGAGAUUACAGGUGUGUACCACCACACCUGGCUAAUUUUUGUAUUUUAGUAGAGAACGGUUUCACCAUGUUGGCCAGGCUGAUCUCAAACUUCUGACCUCGAAUGAUCCACCCCCCUCAGCCUCCCAAAGUGCUGGGAUUAUAGGCGUGAGCCACCGCACUGGGCAGGUUAAUCUUCUUUCAAAAGAGUCUGCUCUUUCUACCCAAUUGGCGAAGCAAAUCCCCAGGAUUCACCGAACAAAUGGAUUAAGCACCCACUGAGUGCCUAGCAUGUGCCUGGACACCAGGCCACCAGGAAGAUGCUCCCCCUUUGACUUGUCUAUGACAUUCUAUGUUGCUCACCAGAUCCCUUCCUGGAGGUUGGGCUUCUGUAACAUGGCUCUGCCCCCAAAAUCAUAUUUUCACCACAUGAGUCAGGGAUCGGCAAACAUUUUCUGUAAAGAGCCAGAAAGUAGAUAUUUUAAGUCAUAAGGUCCCUGUUAACAACUACUUGACUCUGCCAUUGUAGCACAAAGGCAGCCAUAGACAAAACAAGCAACUGGUCAUGUCUGUGUUCCAAUAAGACUUUAUUUACAAAAACAGCAGGCACAGACAAGAUUUGGCCCACAGGCAUAGAUUCCCAACUCAUGGUGGUGACGGACAGAAAAAAACACCUGUCUACAAGCUUUUGUAAGAAAUCAGGCUAAAUGUUACCUAUGUUUUGGUUGGAAGAUUUCUUUGGUUUGAGGAAUGCUUUCCUCUUGCAUUGGCAUGCCAAGAGGCUAGAUGACUCUGAAAGACGCCUCUUCAGACAUACCUGUCAUCACACAAGAUCAACUUCUUCAGUUUAAAUGACACAAAUCCAUAUUGUGGAGGGAAAAUAUGUAGUGCCUUAGCUUCACUAAUAGUUGUAAAACUUCUUUCUAAGACAUCAAAGGCUAGAGGAUUCAUUUUAUGAAGUGCGAACAUCUAAUAACACUCUCUGUGUCAAAUAUAUAUUGUACAUUACCUUAAACUAUUGUAAUAGCUAGGUAAAAAUUCUUGUAUAAAAGAAUGUUUUCCCCCACACAAAGGGCAGCGUAUUGAGCACUAAUUUCCUAUUAAAAGGAUAUAUAUGUAUCUGUGGGUCACUGGUGUCCAGACUUGUAUUUCCAUUUGUGUUUACUUGAGGAACUUGAACACUAACAAUUGGUAAAAUCCCACUGUAAUUCUUACAGCAUUUUGACUUUAUUUUCCUGCAGUGAAUUGUGUUGUGUAAAGAUUAGGGCUUUAAAAUCUUAUUAGCAAGCUUUGUUUUAAUUAUUGUUGCUGUUGUAACUAGAUUUAAUUUAUUUUUCGUUGGAGGUUUGACCUAACUAAAUCUGGACCAAUUGAUUGCUUUUCAAUACAGCUUUGCAAAGAACUUCCUUUAUCCACAGGUGGCUUUGUUUGAUUAAAGAAUACACUAAUAAAAAUAGCUGAACUUGUUAAACUUUUUAGCCCCAUGUAACAGUGCAGGGAAAGAGUCAUCCACCUAUUGUUAUUCAUAAAACCCAGGAAACUACACCCUCUUACCUUCUGUAGCUACAAGGCUAGCUGCUUAAGAUUAGAAUCUCAUCAUCUCUGUUUGGAUGGCUGCCAACUUCUCAAAUGCUGAGAAAAAUGCUCUGAAAAUAAAAAGCAAAAACUA